UCGAAAAUAUAAAUAACUUUUAUCAAUAUAAAAUCAGUCUCUUUGAGGUCUCGAUUACGCCUCUCUUUCUCUCUCGCAGCGAUUCCCGUCUCUCUCAAAGCGACGUCGCCGCCGCCGUUGUAUCUCCUCUCAAUCUCAAUUCAAUUGAACACGAGGAGUCACUCAACGGGUACUAUCCGAUUCAGUUAGGGUUUUAUUGUUGCAAAUUGUGUUUGUUUUUAUCCCCAAUUUGAUUUGUAGUGAUAAAGAUUGCUUUUUCUGUUUGAUGCUUUGUGUUGGUUGUUUUUGAUUGAUUUCUGGUGUGUAAGGGUCUUGAAUUGAUUAAAGUUUUGAUUUUUAGUGGAUUUGAUUAGUAUAUUCGGAAAGGGAUAAUAAUUGUUGAAUUGGGAUUUGGGGAUUUAGGGUUAGGGUUUUUGUGAUUUGGUGUUUGGGUUUUUGAAUUUUUUGGUGGUAUCUAUGCCGAAAUAUAUGGCAGCUGGAAGAAAUGGGGGUUAUCGUGAUAACGAAGUGAGGGAUCGUGAAUCGGAUCUUGAUGUGUCGAGGAGGGAUAUUGGGUAUUCUAAGGGGGAGAAUGAUAGAAUGAAGAAUGGGUAUAGGGAUUAUGAAAAAAUUCAAGGUCGGGGUGGGGGUAGUAGGGAUAGGGGGACGGUGAGACAGAAGGAUGUUAAAGAGAGGGAAUCGAGUAAUGGGGGUUUGUAUCGGUCUGUUUCGAGGAGUGGGUCGGGGAGUAGUGGCAGUAGUGGAGGUGGUAGGUUGAGGGGAUUGUUGGUUGGUUCGGUUGAUCGUGAGCCAGGGGAGCUAUCAAGUGAGAGUGGAUCCGAGGAAGCUACAGAUUCGUCUCGGGCUGAUAAUAAUAGAAGUGACUUGAAGCAGGAGAGUGGGAUGAGUUUACCAGCUCAAAGUAAGAAGAGAAAGUUCUCGCCGAUUGUGUGGGACAGAGAUGAAGUGAGUAUUGUGUCUCAACAAAGUGUUGCAUUGACACCUAGUGUUCUCCCUCCCCCACCUCCACCGCCCAAGUCUUAUAGAGAGUCUCCUAACACUAUUGUUGCUGGUGCAGUUGAAAUUUGUCCGAUUGAGUAUACUAAGCUUCAACCCUCAGAGUCGGAGCUGCCGGUUGAGCCUGUUGUAGAAAUCGUGUCACAUGUUUCUGUUGUAGCAGAGUCUCUUGGUGUUUUAUCUUCUGCUCCUCAGGAACAGCACACAGAAUACAAUGAGGAUUAUGCACCAACCUUGAAUAUUAGAUCCUCUAGAUGGGCAAAUGAUGCCAAUUCCCCAGCGGAUGAAGGGGAAAUUUCUGACUCUCCUGAUGUUAGAAUGCUGAAAAAGAUGAAGAAAAUGCCCUUGGCUGCUCAACAGGAGAUGAAAGUGCGGAAUAAAUUGAUUAGUCCGGAGUUAGUGGAGCUCAAGAGAGAAGGUUCUGAAGGUCAGAGGGCUAGAUCAUCUGAAUCUGAUGAAGGUGCUCGCUGUAGGUCUUCGAGCGGAGAUUUUUAUGCAGACAAGGACCAGGACAAUGCUGAUUAUAUGGAGAUGGAUAUAGAACAUAAUAAUGGUAGUAAAAUUGGCCGUAAAGAUACAGAUUCAGAGGAUGAAUGUUAUUCUCGUGAUACGCCCGAACCUGCUGCUCCCCCGCAGAGGAGUGUGAACAUGCUUCAGGGUUGUAGAAGUGUGGACGAGUUUGAGAGGCUUAACAAAAUAGAUGAAGGUACGUAUGGGGUAGUAUAUAGAGCAAAAGAUAAGAAAACUGGAGAAGUUGUUGCAUUAAAGAAAGUCAAGAUGGAAAAAGAGAGGGAAGGUUUUCCAUUGACUUCUCUACGAGAGAUAAAUAUCCUCCUUUCCUUUGAUCAUCCUUCAAUUGUUGAUGUGAAAGAAGUAGUUGUGGGGAGCAGUCUUGACAGCAUCUUCAUGGUAAUGGAAUACAUGGAGCAUGAUCUGAAGGCACUGAUGGAGACGAAGAAACAGCCAUUUAGUCAGAGUGAGGUCAAGUGCCUCAUGCUCCAGUUACUCGAAGGUGUGAAGUAUCUUCAUGAUAAUUGGGUUCUCCAUAGAGAUUUAAAGACCUCAAAUUUGCUUUUAAAUAACCGUGGUGAGUUGAAGAUAUGCGAUUUUGGGUUGGCUCGUCAAUAUGGAAGCCCCUUAAAACCAUACACUCAUUUGGUUGUAACUUUGUGGUACAGGGCACCUGAACUUUUAUUGGGAACGAAACAGUAUUCAACUGCAAUUGACAUGUGGUCCCUGGGUUGCAUUAUGGCUGAGCUCCUGUCCAAGGAACCACUAUUUAACGGGAAGACAGAAUUUGAUCAGAUAGACAAGAUAUUUAAAAUGCUCGGCGUACCAAAUGAGACUAUAUGGCCUGGUUUCUCUAAACUCCCUGGAGUGAAGGUGAAAAACGUCAAGCAGCCGUACAAUCUGCUGCGUAAGAAGUUCCCAGCUACAUCUUUCACAGGAUCUCCAGUUCUCUCAGAUGCUGGAUUUGACUUGCUGAACAAGCUUUUAACUUAUGAUCCGGAGAAGAGAAUAACAGCUGAUGCUGCUCUUAACCAUGAGUGGUUCCGUGAAGUUCCUCUUCCUAAAUCCAAAGAUUUUAUGCCUACAUUUCCUGCUCAGCAUGCGCAGGACAGACGUACUCGAAGAUUAUUGAAGAGUCCAGAUCCUCUUGAAGAGCAGCGGCGGAAAGAGUUAAAGCAAAGGGAACUGGGGACAGGCGGUCUGUUUGGAUGAGCAAAUUUAGUAUAUGUGGAGUGCUUAAAAGCUCUGAUCUUAAAUGUAUAAUAUCCACUGAUGUACGCGCUGAAGGUGGCACAAAAUUAUUUUUGUGAUCAGCGGUGCUGUUUUUUAGCAGGCACCCCCUUGAUUUGGGCGGAAAGAUGUUCUUCAAAAUCAGAGAGUAGCAGCUUGGCUGUCCAUUGAUAUAUCAUUAGGUUCUGUGACACUGCUAGCAUAGCAAUGUCGAUAAUGGUCUCUAUCAGUUUAAUGUUAGAAUAGUCUCUCUUGGAACAGUAUGUAAUAUAUUUUACUGAAUUUGUAAGCAAUUCUCUUGUACAAUUGGUUUUGGUCACUGAAAAACAAGGUCUUUAUUCCCUAAGUGUCAUUUUCAAUGUUUAAUAAUUGGAUUAUUUUUUUA